AUGGCUGAGGACUCUCUGUUUGCUAGUGAUUACGGCAGCCCGUGUCCUUUAUGUGAGGAGGAAUGUGAGAAACAUUGUCUGGCCCUCGGAGUCAAUGAACAACAAAGAAAUGUAGAUGAAGAAGCAGAGCAAAAAAGAGACCAUAAAAUUAGUUCUAUAGAUGAAGAGAAAAAAGAAGCGGGAAACGAAAUGGCAGAAAGGGUGGCAAAAGUAUUUGUUGAUACGGAUGAUGAAUAUAAUCAUGAAGAAGGUGCAGAGUUUGAAAUGGGUGAAAGUAAAGUAGAAAUGACAGAGAAGAAUAAAAGCAAGUGUGACAAUGGAAAAGGGAAUGAUGUGAGUGGUGAUCUGGUCCCUCCACCACAGGAGCAGAAGAGUCUCCAACAGCUGGACGCCAGUGACCCAGUAAAUCUGUUGAUGGUGUGUGAGGAGUCUGUUGAGAGCAGUGUGAACGAGGAGCUUCUGCUGUGUCCUGCCAAGUCUUUAUCCUUUUCACAGACCUCCUUGAUAUCUUCUCCUCCUCCUUCCCAGAAUCCUCUACCUCUCACACUCCCAUCUAGCAAUCACUCUGUGUUUCAGCUACAAACGCAGCCAGUGGUUCAGACCCAGAGCUCAGUGCCCAUGCCAAUGCCCCAGGUUUCCUGUUUGACCAAGCGUGCAUAUGAGAGCAGCCCCUCUGUGGAGCCCAAAACACUCACCCAUUCUGGGCAGCUGGAGGUGACGCUGCAGCAGGUGUACACCACACGCCGGUACACCCGCUUCACCAGCAGGUCUGCAUCAUUAAACGCAAUACAUCCAGAGACGAGCACCCAACCCUUACCGUGUGUCAGCAACACAUCUCUACUGGUACCAGCCCCCAAAAAGAAAACACGAACCUCCUACAGCACUGAUCAGUUGGAGGAGCUAGAGAGGAUGUUUCAAGAUGAUCAUUAUCCGGAUGCAGACAAGCGGAAAGAGAUUGCAAUAUCAGUUGGCGUCACACCCCAGAGAGUCAUGGUAUGGUUUCAGAAUCGUCGUGCCAAAUGGCGUAAAACCUCUAAAAUGACAACAAGAAAGCCUCCAGUGACCCGGACCCAGGCACCUGCCCAAGUCCCAGUCCACAGGUUUUUCUUUUGA